CUGUCCACUGAGUUAUGCACUAUUUGAGCCUUCAGGAGAGUAAGGAAAGCCAGACAUUAUAGAGACAGAGGGACAAGGCACUGUUACCCUCACUGACUCCCACUUCCACCGCACUGCAGAUACACAGGGAGCUUCAGAUUUGGCAGAAUUUGUUCAUCAAUGCGCCUUCAAUCAAUGUCGUCAUUUGGUUGGAAAAGAUGGCUCCUGUAGUGAUUUGCGAUAACUGAUGUUUGUUUCUGUAGAGGACUUUCCUUCGUGCUCGUUGCUUCUUCAGGUUGAGUUUUUGUUGCGCUUGUAGGAGUUUAUUACUGUGACUUUUUAAUUUCCCAUCCGUGUCUUCACUGGAAUACCCUCAUUCUUCUGUGAACUGUCUCGAGCUGCCUUCAACAAUGCUGACUGAACCGUAUGGAGCCAUGUCCAUGGGGUCAGACGUUCGAGAUCUGACCCUUUUAACUCCAGCGCCUCCUAUGCCAUCCUUACCAGGAGCUGGUGGCGGCUGUGGGAUGUCUGUUGGCACUGGCCAGUGGACCCAACUCCUGGACCUCCAUCCAAACUCUCCCUACAGCUCCCUGCCCUCCCACCCCUCCCUGAUCAAGCAGGAACCAGGUUGGGGGACCGCGGACCCCAUAGAGGACCCUCACUGUGGACCCUGUGGGGCCUUCACGGUGCACUUCUCAGGCCAGUUCACAGGGGCAGGCCCCUGUCGGGUCGGAGCCUUCGGAGAACCAACCACAGGUCAACCCAGAGUGUUCCCCAAUGGGACCUACCUGCCCAGCUGUGUGGACAGUCCCCCUGCAGCCAGGAACCAGGGUUAUGGAGCGGUGGGUUUGGACAGCAGCCCCAGUUGUGGUCACGUUGCGUCCCACCACACCCCUCAGCUCUCCAGCCUCUCCUUCAAACACGAGGACACACUGUCACCUCCAAACAACAUAGUUGACCAGCAGUACGGGGCGCCUCCUCCCAUGUUUGGUUGCCACAAUCCUUCAGAAUCGUGUCCGAGCAGCCAGGCUCUGCUGCUGAGAAACUACAACAGUGACAACGUUUACCAAAUGGCAUCUCAGCUGGAGUGUGUAAAAUGGAACCAGAUGAACAGCCUGGCAUCUUCCAUGAAGAGCGGUGUUCAUACAACCAGUUACGACAGUGAACCCAUAGUCCCACCUCCACCCAUGCUCGUCAGUGCUCAGUACCACAUACACGCACACAGUGUGUUCAGAGGCCUACAGGACGUCAGACGGGUACCUGGCAUCGCUCCUCCUGUUGUGAGGUCAGAGGCCAAUGAGAAGCGUCCAUUUGUCUGUGCUUAUCCAGGCUGCAGCAAGAGAUACUUCAAACUGUCACAUCUGCAGAUGCACGGCCGCAAACACACCGGAGAGAAGCCUUACCAGUGUGAUUUCACAGACUGUGGCCGCAGAUUCUCUCGCUCAGACCAGUUAAAGAGGCACCAGCGCAGACACACAGGAGUGAAGCCCUUUCAGUGCGAGACGUGUCAGAGAAAGUUUUCACGGUCAGACCACCUUAAGACGCACACUCGGACUCAUACAGGUAAAACAAGUGAGAAGCCCUUUACCUGCCGCUGGUCCAACUGUCAGAAGAAGUUUGCCCGCUCUGACGAGCUGGUGCGCCACCACAGCAUGCACCAGAGGAACCUGACCAAGCUGCAGCCUGCCAUCUGAACAGCGAGGAGACGAGGAGGAGGAGGAGGAGGAGGAGGAGGAGGAGGAGGACGAGGAGGAAGGUGACAAUAUGUUGUGCCAGCUAGUAGAGAGAGAAGGUUGGAGCCUGGUCAGCGGUUAUGGUGCCUUGUCAGACUCGCUGAUGGGAUGAGCACAGCUGAUGCCUCCCUCAGCCACGCAGAUGACGUCCAGAGCAAGAACUCACUGAUGAUCCACGAGAUCCCCAAGAGGCACCUCCACCAGCGCUCGCUCAUCUGACUUUAAAACUCAGACUUUGAAAGGAUACGGUAAAUCUGAGCCAAGAAGAUUUUUUUUUUUUAUAGGAGAUGAGGAAAAUAUUGAUUUUGGAAAUUUCAGUACACUUGCACUGGCUUUUUGUUUUAUUGUUAAAGUUGUGUCACCUUGAAAAAUGUGCUGGGCCGUGUAAACUGGAUUUAGGGAAUGGACAAACUUUUUGUCCAUGAAGCUGAGCACGGAGAAUUGUUGCUUUUGGUGGAAUGUGAACAUAUAUCCUUACACUCGCCACCACCACCAAACUGCUUUGUAUAUGUUUGUAUUUGCCCACAUUUAUAGACAUUCCUUUUGUAUUUUCUGUGCUUUUGUACGUUUAUAAAAUGUCGUUCCACAUCA